AUGGCUAAAAACCAAUAUAUGGAGGAUAGAAAUAUUAGAGAACCUAAUGCCUUAUUAGGGGAAGAAACUGAGAAACUAGUAGAUUCGUUUAAUUAUGGAAAUAACUCCAAUUCUAUUUAUAAAAAAGUGAAUUCAAAUAGGAGCAAAAAUGGAAAGCACAGUUUAGCAUUUCACAAAUCAUUGGCAGUUGUAAAUGUAGCUGCAGGAUUAGAUGGAUGUGAUGAUCAAUUAUUACCAGCAAGUUUUAGAGCAUUAGAAGCAGAUUUAAAUUUACAUCCUUCCUUAUUAGGAUAUAUAACUUUAGCACAGACUUUAAUGUUAAGUUUGUUUAGUCCUAUAUGGGGUUUUUUAUCAGAUAAAUAUUCUCGAAAAUGGAUGUUAGUAUUUGGAACAGCUUUAUGGGGCAUAGCAACUAUAUUAUUGGCUAACAUAAAUGAUUUUGCGCAUAUAUUAUUUUUUAGGGCAAUAAAUGGAUUAGCCUUAGGUAGUAUAGGACCUAUAUCUCAAAGUAUUUUAGCAGAUGCUGCAAAAAAUGAAUCUUUAGGUUUAUCAUUUGGUUUAGUGCAAUUAUCCUCAAGUUUGGGUAGAUUGAUUGGAGGGGUAGUAACAACAACGGUUGCUUUAAAAUAUUUUGGUGGUAUCAGAGGAUGGAGAUUAUGUUUUAUAGUCGUGGGUAUAUUGAGUGUUUUGUUAAGUAUUAUAGUGGCAUUGUUUGUAGAGGAUGCUCCUAGACAGGUUCGUAAAAAUAGAAAAAUUGACUAUUUAGAUGGGGAAUCUAAUACGACUACUAAUAAUAGUAGUAGUAAUAAUAAUAAUAGAAAUAAUAAUAAUAUGAAUAAUAUGAAUAAUAUUAAUAAUAAUCUUGAGAAUGCCAAUUCUUUCACUGGGUUAAGUCAUCAGAGUACCAGAACCUAUUUAUUAUAUCAGAACAUUGUUGAAUUGUUAAAAGAUAGUUUAUCAAAAAAAAGUAUCAUUAUUAUUCUUUUAGAAGGUUUUACUGGUACUAUUCCUUGGCUAGCAUUAAGUUUUAAUACCAUGUUUUUUCAAUAUUGUGGAUUAAGUGAUUUACAAGCAGCUAUAAUAACAGGAUUUUUAUUAAUUGGUUCAGCUAUAGGAGGUGUGAUAGGAGGUCAUUUUGGUGAUAUUAUGCAUGAUAUAUCUAAUAAGCAUGGAAGACCAUUAUUAGGUCAGCUAGCUAUGUUUGGUAGAGUACCAUUGGUAUUAUUAAUAUAUUUAGUUAUACCUAAAAAAAAAGAAAGUUUUGAAUUAUUUGCCUUGGCAUGUUUUUGUCUUGGUCUAUCAUCAAUAGCUGGUGUAGCAGUUAAUAGACCCAUCGUGUCAGAUAUUAUAAGACCAGAUUAUAGAGGUACUGUCUUUUCUUUGACUAUAGCAAUAGAAGGUGUUGGCUCUUCUUUAAUUGGAGCUCCUUUGUUUGGUUAUUUAGCAGAAAAGGUAUUUAAGUAUCAAAAUAAUAAUUUAUUAAUAGCUGAUAUGCCAGAAGAUAUAAGAAUAAAUAAUGCGCAAGCAUUAUCAAAAACGCUCUUUUAUUUAACUAUAAUACCAUGGAUCUUGUCAUUUAUAUUUUAUAGUUUAUUACAUUUUACAUAUGGAAAAGAAUAUUUAAAGAUGAAUGAAAUUAUUGAAAAUGAAUAUAAGUAUGAUGAUGAAGAUGAGGAAACCAUACCAGAAAAAAAAAUGUUAACAUGA